UACCUAAUAUCUGUAUACUUAUUAUGUAAAUCUCAUCAGAAUUUUUCCACGCUAAGUACUAAAAGAAAAGCUCAGCCUCAGCGUAGUAGCCUCUAUGUCCAAGUUCCUUCUAGCUCUCUCCCUACUGUUAUUGCUCCUGCAGCUUCCCCAUGGACGGGCGGCAAAAUGCUUGAAGAGCAUCCCAUCAGUGAAGCAGACUCAAACAGGAUUCGGACACCCACCGAAGUUCACCGUCACGAUCACGAACAGCUGCCCAAUGUGCCCGGUGAUCGAAGUCCACGUCAAGUGCGGGGAUUUCCCUCAGUCCCUGGUCAGCCCCAUGGUUUUCAGGGUGGUACGGUUUGAUGACUGCGUUGCCAAUGCGGGCUUGCCUUUGGCUCCACUUCAGAGUGUUUCCUUCAAUUACACUCAUCAGAGGUUUAAUAUGGCUCCGAAAUCUUGGUCUUAUCAAUGUGAAUGAGAUCACUAGCUACUGUGGUCAUGUAACGGAGCUCCCAACCAAGUGCGUUAUGUUGCAAUUUUAUGUUUGAUCACAAGUAACAGAAUAACGAAUGUAAUGUUAUGUGGUUCUAAUCUGUACUAUUAAAGCAUUUCCUAGCUGCAACUCAUCUAAUUUUCAACUAUA